AUGAAGGGCGUCGGCAUUGUCCGGCGCGGACAGCUGUCCCUGUACGCCGGACUUUCUCCGAUGGACGCUCGAGCGGGCGGAGCGCGCGGCGCGGCCGCGCGGCGGGCCACGUGGCUGUCCACCCUGGGGCCCGGGGCUGUGCUGGGCGUCGCGUCGCUGUCGCCCGAGUUGCGCCGUGACUGGUAUGCGGAGGCCGCCAGUACGGUGGACCUACUCAGCCUGCAGAAAGCGGACUUGAAGAGGAUACUGGGUUCAGAGAAACUGCAAGCGUUGAGGGAGGAGUUUCGCUUCAUGGUCGAUUACUUGGAAGGAAGACACGGGGAGUUUUCGACAGAUGAGCAGCCCCCCGUGAUAGAGGAGUCCUGUUCACACGAUGAGCCCAUGCUCACCAAAACGCGCUCGUUUGCAACGGCGACAAAAGGGGCGAUGUGGGUCGAGCGAAGUAACAGCGUACUGUCUCACGAGGCCGUUAACGAGCGCACAGCAAAACGACCGGCAACGGCAGGCCCGGUACGUCGUACCGCCACGAUGGCGGAUGGAGAGCGUUCCCGACGGCCGCAGAGCGCUGCGCCAGGGCCCCGGAGAGGAUCUACGGAAAGGUCCCCCGAUCAGUGGUCGGGGUCCCAAUUUUCGGCACACGUCAUCUUUACCCCGGAGCUCUGCGACCCGGUCGAUCGAUCGAACGCUGCAUCGGGUGAGCAGAGAGCGAAUACAAGGGGAGCAAGGGAGGUCCGGCGGAAAGCCCCGGGGGCUCGUGUUGAGAAGAUGGAGCUAGGAUUGGCGUGGCAGCUGGUUCUCAGGGAGAGACAGAGGAGUAUACGUUUGAACUUGCCUUCUAGUGAGAAUGCAUUUGUGGGACAACGGACGUAG